AUUUACCGGGGUCUGCGCUGCAUUCUGGGAGUAUCAUCAGCGACGAGCAGACAUUUUAUUAUUAUUUCCAUGAAGAACAACGCUAUUUUCGUUUGAAAAUCGAUUUGAGCGAUCAGUGAUAACACAAUCUGACAAUGUCAGAAACGUAUGAUUUCCUUUUCAAAUUCCUUGUUAUCGGUAGCGCUGGGACAGGAAAAUCGUGUAUUCUCCAUCAGUUCAUUGAAGGAAAAUUCAAACAGGACUCAAGCCAUACUAUUGGUGUAGAGUUUGGGUCCAAAAUAGUAAAUGUUGGAGGGAAAUCAGUAAAACUACAAAUCUGGGACACUGCAGGGCAGGAGCGGUUUAGGUCUGUAACAAGGAGCUAUUACAGGGGAGCUGCAGGGGCUUUGCUUGUUUACGACAUCUCAAGCCGAGAGACUUUCAACUCGCUGACCAAUUGGUUAACAGAUGCCAGGACCCUCGCAAGUCCCAAUAUUGUGAUCAUCCUAGUGGGCAACAAGAAAGAUUUGGAUGGCGACAGAGAAGUUACUUUUCUAGAGGCCAGCAGAUUUGCACAGGAAAAUGAACUCAUGUUCUUGGAGACCAGUGCACUCACUGGUGAAAAUGUAGAGGAGGGAUUCUUAAAGUGUUCCAGAACAAUUCUCAACAAAAUCGAAUCAGGUGAACUUGACCCUGACAGAAUGGGAUCAGGUAUCCAAUAUGGUGACCCUUCCAUGCGACGGUCAAUAAGACCAGGGAGAGGCCGGGGGGACAACAAGAAUAAAUGCCCGGGUUGCUCCAAGCAGUAAAAGACCCUUAAGAACCGGAAUCAAUUAUCACCUCUAAGGCCCGCUUAGUGUUUGACACCAGCUAUUGAGUUAUUUUAGUUUAUAAAUAAGAAGUGGUUAGGCUACAGAGGUCAAAAGGCAAUGUUUGUACAGUGGGCACUAUUGCCAAUGAGACAAGAUCCACAGACUUGAUACAUAGUAUCAUCAUCCCAUAAAUUUUAAAGUCAUUUAUUCUUGAUGCAAGGAGUCAAUGUCUUGAAUCAGGAUCUUGUCCACAUACAUAUUCUUUCUAGUUUGAUAAGGUUUGUGCUUUCAGCAAUUGCACAUCUAAAUUAGGUGCUACUGAUUAUAACUGGAUCUAUGUAUUUCUUUCUUUGACAAGUGUAUUGCAACAUAAAACACUUAAACAAAUUUCAUUUCUUUGUCAAACAAAAAUCUCCACUCAUAGGAGAACUACAGUAUUUCAUUGCAUUAUUCAAGCAAUACAAUGUCCUAAGUCAAAAUGAUAUUAGAGGAUUUUUUUUAUUCUAAGUAUGUUCUUAUAGCUAGACAAUAUUAAUGCAAUAAGUACUAGACAAUAUUUGCUUAUUUUUGUUCAUGACUCUAUUUUUCAACGUUGUGUUUUGCUAAGGCUGGGGUAAACUCACUGGGAUAAUUUUGAAAUAAUUUAGUUGGGUUUUGAUUGUAGAGAAUCACAGCUGCAAAAGAUGACAUUGAUUACUUCACAAAUUGUUCAAGCAUUAUAGUCUUCUUCUAGUUGUUACUAUUGAGUAUGCUAUCAGAAAAUAACACAAAUAACCCAUCAGUGACUAGUCUCCAUCAAAGUUGUUCUGACAUCUGUCAUCCAGUGAUCAGUAACGACCGCUCACCUGAAAUGACCAUUUCUUUCUCAGAAUUAGCCAAUCAAUGAUUGACUUUCAGGACCAGUUCCUAGAAAGCAGGUUAGCGUUAAUCUAGGGAUAAAUACGGCUAUCUUGACAUUUGAUUGGUUAAAAAGGGCAUUCAUCCCUGGGUUAGCGUUAACCUGCUUUCUAAGGACCCGGCCCAGAACUUUUGGUCAUUUGCUGAAUGGUUUAUACAGAAAGUGGUAGGUCUGCUAUUCUUUAGGGUGUCUAUUUGCAGAGCAUCAUUUCUUACUGUAUUGUGACAUACGUUGCUGCUAGGUAUGCAGAAUUGGGGCUGUGAGCUACUCUUAUUUUAAUGAUCAACAUCUAUAGACUCAGUUUGUACUAGGCAAAUGGUAAGAUAUGUUUUUUUUUUGUAAAAUCCAAGAAAUAUUUGUGAUUGUUUGGAGGGUAUUCCCCCUACUCCCUGAAGAUGUGGUAUUUGGGGUUUCCCCAAUAAUGUGGUGUUGGGCUGUUUUGCUUUAGUCUUUUAUGGGACUCUCUUGAAAUAACAGAAUAACAGAAAUAACUAUGAUUCAACAUGUUUUUAUUUCAUACUCCCAUGCAAGCAAAAAUUCGGAUGGAUUUGAAAUUGUUAAUAUUGAUGUUGUAAAAUGCCUUUCUAGAUAAUAAACUGCAUAAUUUUCCUGCUGAA